GCUGUUUUUGUAAAGCUAUGUCCUAGACAAGACUAACAGUCAUCAUCGUAUACUGUGAAGUGCAACAAAUGUGAGCAGGCCGUGGGAACACACAUUUUUGUCGCGAUCCAUGUGAACAUUUUUGUAUAAACUGCCAUCUCAAUGCCGAUCGAUCUGUUUUAAGAUCGCAGUGUUCUAUAGGUAAAGAUAAGCGAGUGAUAAACACACAGGUAAAGCCUAUCUAAACCUACAUCUACGCUGGAACUCAGCAAAGUCUACUUCUGGAUGUAAACGCUUAGGUGAAGACUAUAUGGGCGUGAAUCAGGUGGAAAGUUGUGCCAAAUACAAGUAAAACAACACUGGUUGGAGCCGCAUGACUCUGAGGUUACUACCGAAAGUAACUGACUGGUAAUUAACAAACAGGUGUGAGCAGAUUAUGCAGCCGAUUCUUUAGCUUGCUAUCACAGGUACACCAUGACUCGUCGAACGUAUCAAACAACAUGUCGGUUUCUAAACUUGCCAGUCAGACUAUUGGCACUAGUUUUACUGAUAGUAGGAGGUUAUCGUAUCGCGAAAAGUUGUAAUCGAAUUGAGAAGGGUACCAACGUAUCUAAACAAGAAGUACAGCAAGACGGCGACGGACAAGGUCAGGUGCCAGAAAUUCCUCAGCAUCCAGCAUCUCUUCCUGACACCAAGGAGAAGUUUAUUUCCGCAGCUCUUAAUAAAACGUGGAUGACAUGGACUACUAUUGAUAGCCCAGGGGUGUACCGCGCAUGCGUUCCAAGACCUAAAGAUGUGUUAACAGCGCAUGAUAUUGUGACGGCUGGAUUGGCGAAAGAGUCGACGGACAUGACUAUUGGACUGUGCCUAAAAACAUGCAUCUCGCUUCAUCUCACCUAUGCCGCCCUCAGUCGGGGAAGUCAGUGUUUCUGUAGUGACGUCAAAGCCGAAUCAGUUUUGUUAGACUACAUGGAGAGCGCCCUCUGCGAUAAACCAUGCUCAGGUGACCCGAAGUACCACUGUGGAGGGUUUGAGUUUAUGUCUUUAUACCGGACAUCAGUUCCAGAUCUUCGAUGUUCAAAAGUGGAGCUGAAAGCUAAGAACAGUCUACCGUUUAUCGCUUUGGCGAGCUACCCUCGAUCCGGGAACACGUGGACCCGUUCGCUCAUCGAGAAAGGAACAGGAAUACCGACUGGAAGUGUCUACUGGAAAGGCGAGAGUAAAAUGCAAAUCUCAAAGAAAGUCUUCAUUGGUGGGAACGUUGACUACAAAACGAAGCAGACAAUUUGCAUCAAAUCUCACCUGAGUGACACUAGCCAUGUAAAAGAGUUUGAGGGCGCUGUUCUACUCCUGAGGAAUCCAUACAGCGCAAUCGUUGCCGAGAUUUUUAGACGUCUUAUGAUAGAGAAGAAGAUCGCUCACGAUGAAGCGAUAAAGCAAUUCCAGUCUGCAGAAUGGACGAAAUUUGCCAAGGAGCAGACUGCACAAUGGAAGACAAUGGCAUUACAGUGGAUCACACACUCUAAGCGCAUCCAUGUAGCACAUUACGAAGACCUACAGCAGCACACCAGCGAAGAACUCACAAAGAUUGUGCAGUUCCUGAACGUCCCUGUGGAUAAACAACGCGUGCUGUGCGCCGUACAAGAGCACCCAUCUUCUAAAACCACUGGUAUUGCUCUUGGUAACCAUGGAUUGAAGACCCGUGUGUACCUGACUAAAGAUCCAUUCCCAAACGAAGUCAGGAAACUGAUAGAUGAUAAUAUUAAAGAGGUGAAUUCAACUCUUGUUAAAUAUAACUUGACACCUUUCCCGAUGGAUUAUUCGGUUAAGAUUUUCUAAAAGGCACUUUGUCAGCACACGCUGGCUUCAUUUUAAACUGUUCAUUGUCUUAGUUACAUCGUCCACACUGAUGGUCUGCUCAUAUGCAAUGAUAUACCAAGCUGGACCAUACCACACGUCCUGGAGGGGUGUCAAUCAAACAGGGCAUGUGGCUGGGAUACAUGGGAAUGGAACCAAAAAACAUGGUUUGUCGAUUGUCAAUGGUUCAGAUGAAACUAAAUUAUAAAACUUCCUUAAUUCGGAAAAGAAGCACAACAAGAGAAAAUAGAAUUAGCUGUUGCAAACAACUUACUAACCAAAAGGACCGAUGGUAUAAAUGCAAACAAUAGUUAAUGGCAUGACGUUUCGACCCUAGCAGAGUCUUUCUCGAAGGCGAUUUUCAAAGUGCAUGUACAUAUUGGAUAUUGUGUUAGUAACUAUUGGCCCUAUCGCAAGUCGGGAGGUAGGCUGAGUACAUUGCCACGCCCUUAAAGAGCUUAGAGAUUUAGAGAAAGAUAUAAAUUAAAUGGUAUGCUAAACCACUGUUACGAUCUUAGACAAAUGGCUUGGCAUGUAUUUAAAGGCAGUGGACACUAUUGGUAAUUACUAAAAAUAAUUAUUAGCAUAAAACCUUUCUUGGUGACGA